CUGUAAUAAUGAAUUGUUCCAUCUUUACCGUUCUCUUUGCUCACUUUUGUUGUCUUACCUUAUUAACGUUUCAUUUUGGCAUUUCCACAAGCUCCUCUGCGAUUGCGUGCAUUCCAAGUGAACGUGAUGCACUUCUGAGGUUCAAAGCUCAUCUGAUUGAUCCUUCAAAUAGGCUCUCUUCUUGGAAUGCUUCCAACACAAAUUGCUGCCAUUGGGCUGGAGUUGUCUGCAGUAAAGUAACAUCCCACAUUCUUCAACUUAACCUCAACACUUCACCACAUGAUGAUGAUUAUUACUCUUAUUUGGAAAGUCGUGAAGCUUAUAAAGCUUAUUUGAGGUCGAUGUUUGGUGGUGAGAUAAAUCAUUCUUUGGUUGAUUUGAAGCAUUUGAGUUACUUGGACUUGGGUGGCAAUGAUUUUGGAGCCAUUCAAAUUCCUAGUUUCCUCGGUGCAAUCACUACUUUAACUUACCUUAACCUCUCAGACGCUGGAUUCUAUGGGAAUAUUCCUCAUGAAAUUGGGAAUCUCUCCAAUUUGCUCUAUCUCGACCUCAGCUAUGCUGCCAGUGGAGAAAUUCCAUAUCAAAUUGGGAACCUCACGAAUUUGCUCCGUCUUGACCUUCCAAGUGAAUACGGUGAACCUCUGUUUGUAGAAAAUCUUCAUUGGCUUUCAGGUCUUUCAUACCUUCAAUAUCUUGAUUUGAGUUACUUACGCUUGUUUGGAUGUACACUCCAUCAUUAUAAUCAGCCAUCCACAGUAAACUUUUCAUCUCUCAUCACUCUUGAUCUUUCUGAUACAAAUUCUUUUGUCCCAAAGUGGAUAUUUGGACUGAGAAAACUUGUUUCUCUUCAAUUAAGAGAAAAUAACAUUCAAGGUCCGAUUCCUGAUGGUAUUCAAAACCUCACACUUCUUCAAAAUCUUGACUUGUCUAUAAAUUCAUUCUCGUCUUCUAUACCUGAUUGGUUAUACGGUCUUCAUCAUCUCAAGUUCUUGAACCUAGGAUCGAAUGAUUUUUGUGGGUCUAUUUCUGUUGCCCUGGGAAAUUUGACUUCACUAGUUGUUCUUGAUUUGUCAGGUAAUCAACUUGAAGGAAAAAUUCCAACUUCUUUGGGUAAUCUUUGCAACUUAAGGGAGAUAGAUUUGUCCCACAACUCAAUUCAUGGGGCACUUCCCAUGUCAUUUGGAAAACUUUCAUCAUUAAGAUUUCUUGAUCUCUCCAAAAAUCAAUUGGAUGGAAAUCCAUUUGGAAUUCUUAGAUCCUUCUCUGAAUUGUUCCAACUUUUAAUUGAUGGCAAUCUAUUUCAAGGAGUUGUCAAGGAAGAUGACUUUGCAAAUCUUACAAGUUUAGAACAGGUUGAUGCAUCAGGGAACAAUUUCACUUUAAAAGUGGGUCCCAAUUGGCACCCUAUUUUUCAGGUUAGCGAAUUGGGAAUGAACUCGUGGCAGUUAGGUCCCAGCUUUCCCUCAUGGAUUCACUCACAAAAGUAUCUUAAUUAUUUGGAUUUGUCAAACGCAGGGAUUUCAGAUUCUAUCCCCUCUUGGUUUUGGGAAACAAUUUCUUUUGUUAGUGAUCUUAACCUAUCUCACAAUCAUAUCCAUGGUGAGCUACCAAAUAUUUUAAAGAAUCCAAUAUCUAUCGAAUCUGUUGAUCUAAGCUCUAAUCACUUGCAUGGAAAAUUACCCCGUCUAUUUGUUGAUGUGAGUUGGUUAGAUCUUUCAAGCAAUUCAUUCUCUGGAUCCAUGAAUGAUUUCCUAUGUAAAAGCCAAGACAAGCCAAUGCCAUUACGAUUUCUCAAUCUUGCAGCAAAUAAUUUAUCAGGGGAAAUACCUGACUGUUGGAUAAUGUGGCCAGACCUUGUGGAUGUGAAUUUACAAAGCAAUCAUUUUGUUGGGAACUUACCCCCAUCUAUGGGAUCCUUAGCUUUGCUACAAUCUUUGGGCAUUCGUAACAACUCGUUAUCAGGAAUGUUUCCUGCCACUUUGAAGAACACUAGUAAGUUAAUUUCCUUGGACCUUGGGGAAAAUAGACUUACUGGAAUUAUUCCAGCAUGGGUUGGAGAAAGGCUCUUAAAUUUGAAAAUUCUUCGCCUUCGAUCAAACAGAUUUUUGGGUCAUAUUCCUAAUCAAAUAUGUGACAUGAAUUUUCUUCGGGAUUUGGACCUUGCACUAAAUAGUUUGUCUGGAAAUAUACCGAAAUGUUUCAACCACUUGAAUGCCAUGUUGCUAAAGAACAAAACUAUGAAUUCAUUUAUCUAUACCAAUGCAUCUGACUGGGGGAUAGAAUUCAGUUCAAUAAGCACACUCAUAUGGGUGAAAGGAAGAGGUAUAGAGUACAGAAAUCUUCUUGGCUUGUUAACAAAUAUUGAUAUUUCUAACAAUAAUUUAUCUGGAGGGAUACCCAGAGAAAUUACAAAUCUAGAUGGAUUGAUUUAUUUGAACUUGUCUAAGAAUCAAUUUACUGGCCAAAUUCCAUCAAGUAUUGGCAAUAUGAGAUCAUUAGAAUCUAUUGAUUUCUCAAGGAAUCGACUUUCCGAAGAAAUCCCUCCAUCCUUGUCAAACUUGAGCUUUCUCAGCAAGCUAGACUUGUCUUAUAAUCUUUUGAAGGGAAAAAUUCCAACAGGCACUCAAUUGCAAAGCUUUGAAGCAUCCAACUUUAUUGGCAACGAUCUAUGCGGCCCACCACUUCCUGUCAACUGUAGUUCCAACGUGCAAAUUCCUAAUGACAAUCACAAUGGAAAAAAAAGUGAUGACCAUGAAAUGAAUUGGUUUUUUGUGAGUAUGGCAUUGGGAUUUAUUGUGGGAUUCUGGGUUGUGGUUGCUCCUUUGUUCAUUUAUAGAUCGUGGAGGUAUGCCUAUUUUAAUUUUCUUGAUGACAUGUGGUACAAAAUGCAAUCUUUUUUUAGACUGUAA